AAAAAAAGCAACAGCGAUAAGGGAGUUUUUGUUCUGCUGAAAGUUCUUUAAGUUCUUUCAGCCUUCUCAAAUUUUAUUUUUUUUUUCCCCCCUCCUCUCGUCACAUUCCGGCUCGCUCGGCAAAAUGAAAUAUAUUAUAGGCAUCGGAGGGGUCACCAAUGGUGGUAAAACCACCUUGACCAACAGGCUCAUCAAGGCGCUCCCCAACUGCUGCGUGGUCCAUCAGGACGAUUUCUUCAAGCCACAAGAUCAAAUAGAAGUCGGGGAAGACGGCUUUAAGCAAUGGGAUGUGUUGGAUUCCCUGGAUAUGGAGGCAAUGGUGAGCACAGUGCGGGCCUGGAGUGAGAACCCCGUGAAGUUUGCCCGCUGCCACGGGGUGAAUGUCACACCUGGCUCUAGAGAGCCAACCUCCCCAGAUAUCCAGAUCUUGGUCAUUGAAGGCUUCCUGCUUUAUAAUUACAAACCCCUGGUGGAGCUGUUUGACCUUCGUUACUACCUGGCAGUGCCCUAUGAUGAGUGCAAGAGGAGGAGGAGUACAAGGAGCUACACCGUGCCUGACCCCCCGGGGCUCUUCGAUGGCCACGUGUGGCCCAUGUACCUGAAACACAGGAAGGAGAUGGAGGAUGGAGGUGUGGAUGUGGUUUAUUUAGAUGGCCUGAAGUCAAGGGAUGAACUCUACAACCAAGUCUUUGAAGAUAUUCACAACAAGCUCUUGAACUGCUCAUAGGGUCUGGGAAGAUCUGUGUACAGCUGAUGUAAAUAAUACUUGGAGUGGGAGUGGGGGUUAUUUGUGUGAACCCCUCUCCCACUGCCUCUGGCAAGUCCCUUCUGUAUAUAAUUGAAAACUGAGGAUAACUUAUUCCCACCUCAUGGACAGGAUUGCCUUGGUGGGUUUUUGUUUUUGUUUUUUUUUUGUAAUUAUUUUAUAUUCCACUGGCUUACAGAGAAGUUGGAAAGAGCAUUUUUAUAGCAGAGCAAGUGCUGGGAAAACGAGAGAGCUCCUGCAGACAGGAAGGCUUCGUGCAAGGCUUGUUUGUAACAUCAACAAUUCAGUAAAAGUCCACUUCAGUCUCCUUCUGAGGUCCUGGUUAAUUCAUCACUCAGAUUUAUUGCAAUAAAAAUGGGUGUGGAGCUCAUCCAAAACACAACAGCAGCCCCUUUUU